UAGAAAAGGAUAGGAACACCCCCGGUAAGGGUAAUAUAGCUAGCUCAUUCGCUUCCCGGCGCUCGUAGCGAACGCACGUCUCGCGGUUCGAUCUAACUGUACGUGACCGAUCGCGGAAAACUUUUCAGUGCAGUGUCGACUUCGCGACAGUUCUUGAAUAUGAACACGAUUGUAUUACUGUGUACUGAGUGAAUAGACUCAUAGACGACUUGAGUGUUUUGAAGAGGCUAAUUAAGAGCUAGGCUAAUUGGCGGGCCGGCGUUUCAUGAAGUGCGAGAGGCGGACGCCGCAACAGUCAGGCGGCACAUUACCAGUAGCAGGAGCCGGCAGGGGAAGUCCAGCACAGAACAUGCUCGCCAUGGAUGUCACCAAGGAGGCGCGAGCUUCUCCUCUACCAGCGGCCGCACAGAGUAGCACCACGCCAGCUUCACAGCCUCAACCCCAGAUUUGUGCGGGAUGCAGCAAGGUGAUAACAGAGCGAUAUCUGCUGAAGGCUCUCGAUCAACUGUGGCAUGAGGACUGUCUCAAGUGUGGCUGCUGUGACUGCAGGCUGGGAGAGGUCGGCCACACUCUCUAUACUCGGGCCAAUCUUAUACUCUGCAAGAGAGAUUACUUGAGGUUAUUUGGCAACACCGGAUACUGCGCUGCAUGCAACAAGGUGAUCCCCGCAUUCGAGAUGGUGAUGCGCGCGCGCAGUAAUGUCUAUCACCUGGAAUGCUUCGCGUGUCAACAGUGCAAUCACAGAUUUUGCGUGGGAGACAGAUUCUAUCUCUGUGAGAAUAAGAUUCUGUGCGAGUACGACUAUGAAGAGAGGCUGGUGUUCGCCAACAUGGCGUACAAUCCCCCACCACUAUCUCAUCUGAAGCGACAGACAACCCACAUACCUCCCCCACCGACCAGCAAUGCGAUGGGUGGCCUGAUGAACGGCUCAAGUCGUUCCGGAGACCACAACAACAACAUGUCCGGUUCAUCACCAGCCCAAUUCAACGCUCCCCCGCACCUCAAACCCCUGGGCCUGUCUGCGAGCAGCUGAGACUACCGACUCUGAGGCCUACCCUCGUACACCAGAUAUUACAACUAACCAGUUCGGUGAACACUCGCCUUUACAACGGUGGUUGCUUAGUGUGUGCAAAGACUUAUUCAGAACAAACUUAGCGAGCAAAAUGAAUGCCAAAUGUUAAACUAAUUCGUCAUUAAAUAGAUAGAAAUAUUGGUUAUAGGUAUGUAUGUAAGUAUUCUUAAAACUGUCAUUAAGUAAGCUGAUCUCAUAAGGCAUUGUAUAUUAGAAUAUAAAUAUUUAUAAGUAUUUGAAAAUGAAAAGCGGGUUGAAAGACUGUAAGAAAGAAAGGCUUUUCUUGGAUUGAAAAUUAAUAAUAGUAUUCGGUGCGUUGGUAUUAUAUUAAUAAUAAUUAUAUAAUUAUUACUUACAACAAUUGUUUUAUAUCCAUUUUAUUUAGGUAUUCAAAUAGCAAGCCUUAGAACGAAAUAUUUUAUUUUAUUCACAUUUUAAUGUAAAUAGUUAAAUAUUUUUAAUUGGCUUAGCCUUACUUUGAUUUAGAUAAAUUUUUAUUCCCAUAUCUUGUUAUUUUUGUACAUUAUUAUAAUUAACUGUUAAGUUUUGUAAACAUUGUUAUAAUGUAUGUAUUAUUUAUGUGAAUACAGAUGACUAUUGUAAUAUAGAUCGAUUGAUGUAAUAUAGAGGAAUACGUGUUAAUUAAACAAAAUUAUUAAUUAUUAUUCCAAUAGUUCAAAUUAUUAAACUUAGUAGUAUUUAUAAUUAAUUCAUGUAAUAUCUACUGGUAUAUAUAUGGAGAUACUACCAAUUAUUCCUAAUUAAAAAUGACUUGUCGUUGUAUAUUCGAAUACGUAGCAUAUUAUGAGUAUUUGGAAUUUCCCAACCAAUGAUAUGACCAAAGAAGUAGUUGAUUAAAACAAUGUUAAAAAUAUA